AAUAUACUCUCUGGCGUAUACUCUGUGAUAUUUGGGGAGUUCCGCAGUAGUGUUGGGGUGGGGAAAAGAGCCGACAUUACAUCUGGCAACCCUGAGCGGUGGAGAGCAGAGGUAAAUUAUUUUUCAGGCGUAGUAGAAAGAAAGAAAAUUCGUUAUCACAUACUUAUUCCACAAGUGAUCUGGAGACUUGAUUAGUUAUUACUCAAUUUAGAAGUAAUUGAAACCCAGAGGCGUUUACUUAAAGAUUGGAUUUUAAAGGAACUAAACUGAUCUCAAAGGAAAAUGUCGGGAACAACUGUUACUCCCACCUUGGUUCGGGCGGUGUAUUCAUUCGAAGGGGAAAACGUUAAUGUGCUCUCCUUUAAGAAGGAUGAUAUUAUAACUUUAACCAUGAGAAAAGAAGGGGGAUGGUUGGAGGGUACCCUUGGAGGGAAAACAGGGUGGUUUCCUUCAAAUUAUAUUGAAGAAUACCAACCUCAAUGUAGCGGUAGUGCAACAAGCAGCUCCACGCCUCCAUCAUAUAUCAGACCAGAAAUGUUUGCACCUCAAAGUAAAGAUAACGAUAACGGUUAUUAUAUAGAGGAUAUGCUUGAUGAUCACAGAAGACAACUUGAAGAACUGGAGAGGACAGUGAAGUAUUUUGCAAACCAUCCACUGCUAAAUCCCAAACCCAAACCCAAAUAGUCAGUCACCAUUUUGAAACAUUUAUGAUACAAAUAGGAAGCAGUGAUUUUUUUUUAUUUUUCUGAGUGGAGAAAACUAAAUAAAAUGUCCAGUCUGUAGGAAUCCAUUUAAAAUAGGUGGGGGCUUUUCUUUUUAUUUAGAACUUUUGAUGUAUGUUCUAAACUUGGUAAUAGGUGUUGUUUUUUUCCCCUCCUUUCUCCUCUUUUCCUCUUCUCUUUUUGGAUUUUUGAACGCGUGUUUGGCUUUAUAAUGAAAUUUUUGAGGCAAGUAAGCUUGAAAAAAUUCAGAAAGUCUCUCUGAAGUGUUUAAGCUGAACAAGAAGUUUAUGCUGAUCCAAUAACUUUUUUUGGCAAAGUAAUAUAAAACAUUGUUAAAGAGUGAAAAACAUGUUUUUUCCUUCAGCAGAUCAGAUGUAGCGGUAAAGAAAGGAGAAAUUCGCACUUUAUUUUUUAAUUGUUUCGAGCAGAUUCAUCUGGCCAGAAUAGCAUAUAAAUCCUUUGGCCUUUUAACUUAUUUUGCCCAAUACUACUCUUUUAAGUCAAUAAUUAUCUUAUUGUAGACAAAUUAUCUUCAAACCCUGUGAAUUGAUCUAAUAUCAUUAUUAAAGUUUUGCUAAUUAUUCUAAUCCAAAGGAAGGGUUGGGAAAUAAGAUAUAUUCAAAAUGAAAUGGUACUAACUAGAGUGAAAACUUAAUACUCAAUUAUUAAAACAGAUUACACACAAUUCCAUUCUAUUUGUAAUUAUUUAUCCAUAUUUUGCAUAUUUAUCAUAGCAUAUUUUCAUAUCUUUUUAGGCUAUUAGUUACUUAUGUUUAUUAGAUUUUUACGUUAACUAUUUACCAUAUCAUUUCACUGCAUUUAUAAUGAGAUAAUAUUGAAUAUCAUAUUCCUUGAACUGUGGGAUUUGCAAGUGUUGCGGCAUGUUUUCCCGGAAGACCAUUUUCUCAUUGAAAAAUGAUAGCAUUGAUUCCAAAAUGUUGAAAUUUUAAAAGAUAAAUUAAUGUAUCCAACAAUAAAGAAGUAAGCCCUAAGAAUUGAUGGAAAGGUACUAUUUCGUUGGAAUGAUUUUGAGCAAUGAGAUCAAGAAUGCGAAAUGAGUCAAUUGCUGGACUACGCUCUGUGAAGUCGUGGAUGUUAAGUAAUUCGAGACACCAUGGAUUCCUAUGGUGUAAAUCACCCAACAGCAAGGACCAACUUGGCAAUAUGGCAUCUGCCCUCUCAUGACAGCACUUAUAGUACUGCAUUUGACAUUUGCCUCCUGGUCAUCGCUCCAAUUCUCUCUGCUGUGGACAUCUUUUCGUAAUGUGCUAAUCCUCCUGUCUUGUCUAUCGUCAGAACUCAACAUCUCACAAAUGAACGAGUGUGGAAUAAGUGUAAAAUGAUUCAAAAUUAUAGAUCCCAAUGUCUUCAAGUUUAAAAAAUAUUGAUGUGUUAAGUGACAAAAAAAAUAUAUUAUGAAAAUCUUAGGGCAGGUGACUGUGUGAAAAAAACAUUUAAAGUGGUAUCAUUAACAAUAUUUUUUACAAUUUCCACUUUUUUUUAACAGUAUAUAUCAAAUACAAAAUAGACAUUGCUAAGUCUACUGAAAUAUUUAAUAGGGACAAACAAAUUCAGUGAAAUCACUAUUUGUGUAAGCAGAAUUUUGUUUGUGAGCAGUUUUUUAUUGUGUAAUUGUUCAUAAUAUUUUAAGUGUCAAAACUUCAUAGUGU